GUGAAAUCGUUGUGUGACUACACAUUUUUCCAAAAAUAAAAUUAUUUGUGGAUUUUUUUGCUGUCUUUACACAAAUAAAAAAAGAAAAAACGAAAAGAAAAUUUACAAAGUUUUUAAGAAAUUUUUUUAUAAGACAAAAGCUAAAUUAAAGGAACUAGAUUUGAAUAAACAAGAGCUUGUGACGGAAACAAUUUUAUAUAACCCAGGAAAAGUUCACCUUAAACCUACACAAAAUACGCAAAAAUAGGCAAUUAUGAGUCAGGAAGAAAGGCAGUGGAUAGAGAAAUAAUUGGAAAUUCUUAUUAAUUGCAACGAUUUAGUUCAGCCAAAAAUAAAUGAGCAUGAUGCAAUUGAUGUUAUGCGACAAUGCUUCGUGGCUGGAAAUUAAUUACCUUAAUAGCAUUAAUCAUCAUUGUGUACAUUGUAGGAAUUUUAGUUUUAUCGAUUGCAAAUCUUCAGGCUCCAUCGCAGAAACGAAUGAGAAACUCGAGAUUUGUUACUGAUUCGGAUAUUGGCCAUAGUCCCGAAAUUCUCUUACGUCGUAGUCCAAUACAGCAGUUACAAUGGUGUACAGAAUUAAAAUUUAUGGAUCAAAGCUCACAAAAAGCUUUAAAUAGCUAUCGGAAAGCAUUCCAUGAGAAGGCAAGAAGUGCUGAUAGAAUUAAACACAAAUAUGAACAUGAUUCAAUUAUUAGUAACAAAGAGCAGAAGACGAAGAAGAAGGAAGUUACUGACAGCUCAACAAUUAGUGAUAAAAACGAAUUUAGCGAUAACGAAAAUAAAGUAAUUGCAUUAGCUAGCUUCCCAGGCAGUGGAAAUACGUGGCUAAGGUAUCUAUUACAACAAGCUACAGGAAUAUAUACAGGCAGUGUAUAUAAAGAUUAUGGUUUACUCAAAAGCGGCUUUCCUGCUGAAAGUAUAUCGAAUUCUUCCGUACUUAUCGUUAAAACCCACGAAUUUGGAUCGUCAUCGUGGACAAGAUUCCGAAAGUCUGUUUUACUUGUCCGAGAUCCAGCAAAGGCGAUUUUAGCUGAAUUUAAUCGACAAAGUGGUGGUCACAUAGGAUUUGCAUCGCCUGAUCGAUACAAGAGAACUAAUGGACGUUAUUGGUUGAAAUUUGUUACAAAUAAGCUCCAUGCUUGGGAACAAACGAAUCUAUCGUGGGCAACGAAUUUUACUGGCGAUGUGCUCAUUAUUUAUUACGAAAAUUUAGUUGAUAAUGUAGAGAAGACAUUAAGGGAUAUUUUAAAUUUUAUUGAAUUUCCAACUAACGAGGAUUUACUAGCAUGUGCUCUUAAGCGAAAAGAAGGUAUUUACAGGCGAAAGAAGCGACUGCUUAACUUUGAUCCAUAUACAAUGAUUAUGAAGAAGAUGAUUGAGAAAAAGCGGAUAGAAGUGUAUGACAUGUUGGGGAGGAACAAACUGAAAUACUCGAGCCUUUAACUUUUGAUCGAUUGAUAUUGUUUCCCAAGACUUUUCUGUGUAUGAUGUAUGCUGUAUGCUUUAUACUGUAAAAAGUUCAAUCCGAGAAUGAAUCAAACUUCUUCCACACAAGACAAAAAUAAAAUAAAGGCAUAAACAGCACAGUCAGUAUUUUAUAUCAUUUAUGGAAGAGAUGAAUCGUUACUAGAAAAUGUGAUUUUUUAAAUGUGUAAAUUAUUACUUUUUAAGGAAAUAAAGGAUAUUAAUAUAUAAAGA